AUGUCCACAUCCACAACUCCAUCGCCGGCCAACGACGGCACUCACGAGCCCAAAACUCGCACAACCCCCAAGAAAGGCCAGGACAAGAAACCCUCCAACGAUAAGAACAAUUUCGGCUUCAUCGGCCCCUCGCCAAAGCGCAGACCCCAACGCAUGCGCUGGACGGAAGAAAACGAUAUCAAACUCCUCCUCUUCGGUUUCGACCGGGACGAAAUCAAGGGCUCGGAAUACCAGGGUAUUGCGGAUUCUUUUGUUGAAAAGCCUACGCGGAAGUCGGUGGUGGAGAGGGUGACGAAGUUGAGGACGGAGAGGAAUGGGUUGUUGAGAGAGUUGGGGGUUUGGGAUGUUGAUGAGGAAGGGGGUGGCGGUGGGGCGAGGGAUGAGGGGAGGGAGGAGGGUGACGACGAGGAGGUCGAUGGCGAUGGCGGUAAUAUUGAUGAAGAUGCUGAGGGUCCGGGAAGGCGCUAG